AUGGAGUUCGUUGAUAAAAUACGUGACAAUAUUUAUGACACAUUCGCUGACAUAGAUGCGAAAAAAGGGAUGCGAUUAGUGAUAAUAGUGGGUGGAUAUAUAUUAAUAAGAAAUCUCGCCCAAAGAGAGUUAGCCAAGAGGAAAUUGCAAUCGCAGGUUCGUGAAGAUGAAAAGAGUUUAAGUGAAAAGAAGGGUGAGAAUUUGAUUGAUCGUCCUCGAGAGGUGGCCAGCACUGCCACAGAGUUUGGCUGGGGUAAUAAGACGAGGAAGAGAGUCAAAAAGCAAGAAGAGGUAUUUUCCAAAAUGGUUGAACGCGCCCAGCUGCAGCAACUUGAGGGCGAAAAUGAUUUGAAUGAUAUCGAAGAUCUCUUGGAAGAUUGA